AUGGCGUCAGAAAAUAAACAAUCUUUAACGGCUCAGAUAGCCGCCAUCCUUUCUUCAGACAAGGAUGAGAGAUAUGACAAAAGGUCCCUUGCUUCAACGGAGAAUAAUCAAAAAUCAAAUGGCGAUUACCAUAUAGUUGAACUGUCUCAAGAUGAACUACUUGUCGAGUUUCAAGAGAACUCACCCAAAAAUCCACCAAACUGGGCCUUUAAGAAAAAGUUCUACAAUGCGGUUGUGGGGCUAUUUAUUGUCCUCAAUAGCGGCAUAUCAUCGGCACUUCCUAGCAAUGCAGUCCCCGCUAUCAUGCAGGACUUCCACGAGUCCGGAGGCCAGCAAAAGGUCUUACCAACUGCCGUCUUUCUUAUUGGCUAUGUAGUUGGACCCCUACUAUUCAGUCCAUUGAGUGAAACUAUUGGACGGAAACCCGUCCUUCUCUGGUCUUUUACUGUUUUCGUCCUCGCUACGCUUGGAUGUGCUCUAGCGCCAAAUUGGUCCUCUCUUCUCGUCUUUCGGACUAUUUGUGGUCUUGCUGGGGCAGCUCCUCAGACGGUUGUUGGUGGUAUUUAUGCAGACCUAUUUUUUGAUCUGCGAAGUCGUGGUCGUGCAAUGGCGAUGUAUAUGUCGGCUUGCAGUUUUGGUCCUAUUCUGGGCCCCAUUAUCUCCGGAUGCUCGGUAAAAUAUGGUUGGAGAUGGACGUUUAGGAUCGACCUGAUUCUGACGGGUAUUACUUGGUUGGCUUUGCUCUUCACAUCUGAAACUUUUGGCCCAGCACUCUUGAAACUACAAGCUGCCAAAUUGAGAAAGGAUUCGAAUUCCAAUCGAUACUUCUCGCGUCAGGAGCUCAACCUCGACUCGAGAUUCACCCCGAUGGAGAUUAUCACUCGCCCGAUCACGAUGCUCUUCUUUGAACCUAUCAUCACCUCAACAUCCAUUUAUAUCGCUCUCGCAUAUAGUCUGGUGUUCUUUUAUUUCCAGGCCUAUCCCAUCAUCUUUGGAGGUGUCUAUAAUUUCACCGUUGAGCAAACUUCCCUCACAUACAUCCCAAUUGGCGUUGGUGCCGCAUCUUCCGGCUUUGUCGCCCUCUACUACGACAUGAUCUACGAAAAAGCCAAAAAGCUCAACAAAGUCUGGACCUCCAGCCCAGAGUACCACCGACUUCCCAUGUCCUGCAUCGCCGGGCCCUGUCUAACAAUCAGCAUGUUCUGGCUCGCCUGGACAGCAAAGCCUACCAUGCACUGGGCAGCACCCGUGAUGUCCGGGUUCAUCUUUGGAUUCGGAUUCCAGACCAUCUUCAUUUCCCUUCUUACCUAUGUGACCGACGCAUACAAAAUCUACUCUGCCAGCGCUCUGGCAGCUUCUGUUAUUGUGCGGAGCAUUGCUGGAGCGCUUUUCCCGCUGGCCGCUGAGCCGCUCUACAAAUCUUUCGGGGUUUCUUGGGCCACUUCCCUCAUUGGAUUUAUUAGUCUGGCUUGCAUUCCGAUUCCUUUUGCUUUGAUGCACUGGGGUUCUUGGAUUCGGGAGAGAAGUCCGUUCUGUCAGAGGUUGAUCUUGGAGGAGAAACUCAGGGCUAGUGGAUCGAGUACACCUGCGCAGGUAUAG